AUGGCCACCGAAGAAGAUCUUAUCGAUUACUCCGAUGAGGAACUCCAGACCACUGAUGCUGCCGCUGCGCCAGCUGCGCCAGCUGCCAACGGUGAUGCGUCUAAGAAGGGCGAUCUGACUGUAGGCGGAGCGGGCGCCGACAAGAAGGGCAGUUAUGUCGGUAUCCAUUCGACCGGUUUCCGUGAUUUCUACCUCAAGGCAGAACUUCUACGCGCGAUCACCGAUUGCGGCUUCGAACAUCCAUCGGAGGCAAUCCAUGAGGACACAUUAUUUUCAAGAAGAAAAGAAAAUUAUCUGUGGAAACACAUUUCUUUUCGCGCAAGAGAUACAGGCCUCUGGGCCUCAUUUUGCGGCGUUCGACCCCAGAGUAGGAUCGAACUAAUGCCACUUUUGCCGCUUCUGGUCUUCCUAGGCCUUUACUGGCGCAAGGGGAACGUAACAUUGACCCGUCGCGAAACCAGCAAGCAUGAGAACCUUGUAUUCAUCGAGUUGUUCUCCACCCUGAAGAUACCUCCUCGUGCCGCCCUGCAGAUAAGCCUAUAUGUUGCAUUCCAGCAAGUCUGCAUCCCAACAGCUAUCCUUAAUGUCGACGUUCUCUGUCAAGCCAAGUCCGGUCUCGGAAAGACAGCUGUUUUUGCCUUGACCACUCUCCACCAGCUUGAGCCAGUUCCUGGAACUUGCUCUAUCCUGGUCAUGUGCCCUACUCGAGAGUUGGCUUAUCAAAUCAAGGACGAAUAUGCUAGAUUCAGCAAAUACAUGCCAGACGUGAAGACUGCAGUGUUUUAUGGAGGCACCCCGAUCCAGAAGGACAUUGAAAUCCUUUCUUCCAAGGAGACCCAUCCCAACAUCAUUGUUGGUACUCCAGGCCGAUUGAAUGCCCUUUUGCGGGAUAAGAAGCUAUCCCUCCGCAAUAUCAAAUCAUUUGUCUUGGACGAGUGUGACAAAAUGCUCGACCAGAAGGACAUGCGCGCUGAUGUUCAAGAGAUUUUCCGCUCUACUCCUGCUGAUAAGCAGGUGAUGAUGUUCAGUGCCACUCUUGCCCAGGAGAUCCGUCCUAUUUGCAAGAAGUUCAUGCGAAACCCUCUCGAGGUGUAUGUUGAUGAUGAUACCAAACUCACCUUGCACGGUCUUCAACAAUAUUACAUCAAACUCAGUGAAGCAGAGAAGAACCGCAAGCUCAACGAGCUCCUUGACAACCUUGAGUUCAACCAAGUCAUCAUCUUCGUUAAGAGUACCGUCCGUGCGACAGAGCUUGACAAGCUCCUGAGGGAGUGUAACUUCCCAAGUAUUGCUGUUCAUUCCGGUGUUUCCCAGGAAGAGCGUAUUAAACGAUACCGCGAGUUCAAAGAGUUCAACAAGCGUAUUUGCGUGGCAACUGACGUUUUCGGUCGUGGUAUCGACAUUGAGCGAAUUAACUUGGCCAUCAAUUACGACAUGCCAAUUGAUGCCGACUCGUACCUUCACCGAGUUGGCCGUGCUGGCCGAUUUGGUACCAAGGGCCUGUCCAUCUCCUUCGUUAGCGACGAAGAGAAUAUGCAGGUACUGAAGGAUAUUGAGAAGCGCUUCGAGGUCGCACUUCCGGAAUAUCCUGAGGAAGGCGUCGAUGCCAGUACCUACAUGGCAUAG